AUGUUGGAACUACAGUCCCGCACGCCCCGCCUCGCGCGCCCCAACACCUCCCAGCCCACGCCGGGCCACCAGGCCAGCCACGCCCUAGUGACGGCCAGGAGCCAGGAGACCAUGUCGGAGGGGGACGUCCCCCUGGGGUUCAACCGCAUGAACCGCCUGAGGCAGAGCCUGCCCCUGGCCCGCUCCUCCAGCCAGGCCAAGCUCCGGGCCCCAGGCGUCCUGUUCCUCCAGCUGGGGGAGGAGACCCGGCGGGUCCACCUGACCCAUGAGCUCACCUCCCUGGACACACUGAGGGCUCUCAUCGUGCACAUGUUCCCCCAGAGGCUCACUAUGGCCAUGCUGAGGUGUCCCAGCACGGCGCUGCUCAUCAAGGACGAGACGCGGAACGUGUUCUACGAGCUGGAGGACCCGCGCGACGUCCAGGACCGCUGCGUCAUCAAGAUCUACUGCAAGGAGCCCGUCUACGGCUCCUACCAGGCCAGCCCCCACAUCUCCAACGGGGACAUAAGGAGGGAGAUGGUGUACGCCCCUCAAGACUCUCCGCCCGGCCGCCGGCUAAGCACCGCCCCCAUCUCCGCCCAGCACGCUAACCCCGCCUCCGCCUCCCCCCCGCAGGGCUCCCCGGCCCGGGCCCGCCUCCUGUACAGCAGCGGGGGAGGGGGAGGGGGAGGGGGGAACCGCCCCUCCUCCUACGCGGGCCCCGCCCACCACCACACCCACUCGCUGCCUCACCCCCACGCCCCCCACUCCCACUCCCACCACGCCUCCCCCCUCCACCCCCAGCCCGCCUUCUGCCCCUCCCCCAGCGCCAUCCUGGAGCGCCGCGAUGUCAAGCCCGACGAGGAGGUGGGCGGCGGCUCCCGGGGCAUGAUGCUCCUGCGGGGGGAGGAGCGAGGAGGAGGAGGGGGCGGAGCCAUCUACGCAGACCCCUACUCCCUGGGGCCCGACCCCGGCCGCCUCGGCCACGCAGGGAACCCGCACUCGCAACUUCCUGUGGUGCGGGCCGACCCGUACGGCUCGCUGUACCGCCGGGGGGGAGGGGGAGGGGGGGGCGGCCCCCCCGCCGGCUCGGUGCGCUCCCUCACCUCCUACUCGGCGGCGGCGCUGCAGGGGGAGCUGAUGGAGAGCGCCCUCUACAGGCCGGGAGGCCCGCUGUACGGCGACACCUACGCCGCCUCCAUGCUGGCGGCGGGCUUCCGGGUCCCGCCGCCCGCCUCGCCGCAGAAGAUGCCCGACCUCAGGGAGCCGUACGGGGGGGGCACGCUGCCGGGCCGGGGGUCCCCGGGCCGCCAGGGGCUGCGGAGGGGGGAGGCUCCGCCCAGCUCGGGCGGCGUGUUCGACCAGGGCUCCAAGGUCAGGGGCCCGGGGCUGAGCCUGGGGCCCGGGUUGAGUCUGGGACCCGAGCAGCUGUGUCUGAUGGGGGGCCCCGGGGGAGACGCGGGGGGGCCCGGCGCCUUCAGCUCCCCGCUGCUGCGCACCGAGACGGAGACCAGGGAGCGUAUGGAGGUGAUGGAGAAGCAGAUUGCCAGCCUGACUGGACUGUUGAAGAGCGUUCUGAGCAGAGGACCCGAUCAGGAGAGCAAGGAGAAGAUGGAGACGGCCAGCGAGGACUCUGCGGCUGACGCUGGACGAUCAAAAAUAAAGAAAGCUCAGACACCCUCGGCUCCCCUGGCCCUGAUGCCGCCCCCACCCUCCGGAGCCAACCAGCCAAUCACUGUGUCCCGGCUGCAAAUGCAGCUCCACCUGCAGGGCCUGCAGCAGAACACCAGCUCCCUGCGCAAGCAGCUCUCCCAGCUGCGCCACAUCCAGCUGGAGAACCAGGACGAGGUUCUGUCCUUGCUGAGGCAGACGGAGUCGGAGCUGAGCCUCAUGAUGCUGGAGGCCAUGCGCACCCAGGAGGACCCUCUGCAGAGACAGCGCCUCCUGGUGGAGGAGGAAAGGCUCAAGUACCUCAACCAGCAAGAGCUCCUCAUCCAGCAGCUGCAUGAUCUGGAACGGUCCGUAGAGGGGCUCCAGAAGAACCUCUCUGUGAACAAGGGCCUGGUGACGGAGCAGGAGGUGGAGAAGAAGAGCAUGGAGCUCCGGAGGCUGGGCGAGACCCUCACAGAGCUCAAGAACCAGUUCCCCAGCCUGCAGAGCAAGAUGCGGGUGGUGCUUCGAGUGGAGGUGGAGGCGGUGAAGUUCCUGAAGGAGGAGCCUCACAGGCUGGACGCGCUGCUGAAGAGAUGUAGCAGCAUGACCGAUACACUGUCCUCGCUGCGCAGACAGGUCAGCGACGGCGUGUGGAAGGGUCCCGACAGCCUCUCCAAGAGGUCGGAGGUCGCGGGCCAGGGUCCCGACCUGGACAUCCUCAACAGCCCGCCCCUGAGCCUGAGCGACCUGAGCGGCGGCGGGGGUGUCGGAGGGCUGGCCAACUGGAUGCCCGGGCUGGGGGGCGAGGCGGACAGGUCCGGUCCGGACCAGGACCCCCUGAUGAGCUUCAGGGCCCGGGUCCUGGAAGAGCUGCCCACCCGCCGCCCAGGGGACAAGAGCGUCUCGGCCGAAGUCCGUCUGGCAGCAGAGCGUGACUGGGAGGAGAAGCGCGCCAGCCUCACCCAGUUCAGCGCCCAGGACAUCAACCGGCUGCUGGAGGAGACCCAGGCCGAGCUGCUCAAGGCCCUGCCCGACCUGGAGCUGGCCGCCAGGCACGUCUCCAAGCCCGUGGUGCCCCCCAAGCCCCACAUCACCAUGGCGAUGACCUCCAACUCGGCCACGCCCACGGCUCCGGCCCCGCCCCCCAAUGCACAGGCGGCGUCCCCCAGCGGCGGGGGCGGGGACUCCGGGCCCGGCAAGGUGCAGCUCGCCGCCCAGAAGCUCAACAACAUGGAGGGCACGGGCUCCCGCCGCGGCUCCACUGAGCUGACCGUAGGACGCUACCGAACAGAGAAGCCCUCCAAGUCUCCGCCCCCCCCUCCCCCGCGCCGCAGCUUCCCGUCGGCCCACGGGAUAACAACCAAUCGCACCGGAGAACUCAUCCUCACCCCCAAGACGGCCAAGGAAGAGGAGGAGCCUAUCAAAGCGGUGGUGAAGCUACGGCGAGCGCCCUCCGACGCCCCUCGCCCAGCCUCCACCCCGCCGGUCAUCUCCGCCUCCGGAGUCCAAGACGAGGAUGACGAGGAGAGGAUCCUCGCUGAGCUGGAGAAUGCCAGUAUGGCCCCGGGGCCAGCGAAGGGCCCCCAGCCCACCGUGGCUGCCCGCCUCAAGAACCUCCAGCAGGGGAGCCUGGAGCGACCCAACAAGACCCGCAAGCAGAAGGAGGACUUCUCCUCAAAGAGCCCCGGGCAGCAGCAGGUAUUCCACUUCUGAGACAACAGUACCACCGCCUGGACUUACCGUCUGGCCCGCCUCCUCCAGACUUCCCCAGGAAACAAGUGACAAAAACACCCAGGAGACGCCUGCGGAAAAUGGCGACCAGGUGAAAAAAAAGAAGAAAAAGAUUCUCAAGAGCACUUAUCGAUGUGAGUUUUCGGUAUUUCAGUUACUGGAUCUAAAAACUAGCUUGCGUAGAGAACAAGUUUUGUUGUACAAUAAUGUCGGUGUCUUGCUUUUUCCCAGAGGAAGCUGUUGGUUGUGUUUGUGACAGAUUAAGCUAGCUGUACCACAAUAAGUAACUUUAGCACAUCGUUUAACCUCCAGCGUCAGCCUAUAGCCUCUGAACUGGAAAACACAGCAAGUUAAACUAACGGUUAUCCAUAUCCACAUAAUACCUUCAUCCUCCUCCUCCUCCUCCUCCUCCUCCUCCCCAAUUAUAUCUAACACCAGUAGGUGGAAUCAACGGUGCUCGAUAGUUAAGAUGGUGGGUUUAUGUUCUACACAUAAACCGUUUUGAGCCCUAAUGGGGACUGGUUUAAUGAGGACCACAGCCUAAAGACAGCCCUGAUGUCUGUACCGUCUGUACAUGGCCUCUAUAGAAGGACUCCGAGAACA